UUUAGAGAGGAUGAUAAAGAGCUAACACUCUUUGCGUCGGUCAAACUCUGGAACAUGCAGUGUAUCCUUGGGGUCAAGAGAUCAAGAAUUUGAGUCCACCUCUUCUCGACGCACUUGUCAUCGAUCUGGAGACCAUGGGUCAAGAUUACAAUGACAGCCUGGAGGAGUUUGUGGAAAGUAUGUUUAGGUUCGGCUCUAGCCAUUACAUCCAAACUGGUAUUGAACCUGGACUGCCAUACACAGCCGUACUGAAGCUGACGCCGUCGGAAUGCCACUCUAUCAUUCAAGGCAUAAAAGCCAAUUUAGGUCCCGGCUUCACAAUAACCCACCUAGCACAAACAGCAACCCUCUUAACACGCCUACACACCAAUCCGCUCGCCAAGGAGUUCCGUGCAGAAAGAACAGUCAUCAUGCCAUUAUCAGUAAACGGAUGGAAAUACUUCAGCCCAGAGUUUACAAAAGCUCAAUAUGGCAAUUGUCAAGUCUGCGCAGUCAUCGAUUUCGAACACCUCGAACAAGAUACCGUGGAUUAUGACGACACGGCAGCAGUACUCCAGGCACUAGAAACAGGGAUGAAAGUGGCAAAAAAGGCUUAUGAGUACUGGCUUGACAAGUCCUUUAUACUCCAUCUUGGACUUGCAAAGGAUAAGUUUCUGUCCGGCUAUUUUGCUUCUAAUGAGAGUAGAUCUGAUGGUAAAGCUGUGCCGAUUCUCGCAAGUGAUGAUUCGAAUGAGCUGUACACCCCACAAACAGUGUGGAUCUUCGCUCCUGACUGUCGAUGACAUGCUGUUCUUGACAGACACUCACGAGCCGGAAAUAUAAGAUGCGCAGACUCUAUUAGCUUGUGUCCUUCGAUGUGGCCAAUUGGCAACCUUUAACUGACCACUGUAGCUUAUUGCGUAUGGAGAGUUGGAAGGGAGCAACGACUAUAUCACUGAGUUAUUGUAAUGGAAGCUGUUACGCAAAACAAGCUAAUGCCUUUCUGAAUCGCAUGAAGGAAUUCAUGAUGGUCAUGGC